AUGCCUUUUGAGACACAGUUCCUGCACAGUUGCAGGAUCAUGUAUCCAACCAACGGUUACACUGUGAGACUGCCAUCAGCAUGCCGUUUGAAGAGAUCAUCUGAGGAGGUCAGAGUGACGGCAGAGAAUGUUGCAGAUCAAUAUUAUAAGCCGCACGCAACUGUCUCCACAUGGAAUACAGCACACGAACAAAUAGUUCACAGAACUGUUGUACACAGUUCAUACCCGAUCCCAGCAGCAGAAUUUCCAUUACAUAAUAGAUUGCGUAAGUUGACAAAGGAAAAAGGCUUCUUGCGGCAUGUAUUAUGUAGAGAAGCAGAGGCAAGGAGAGAGAUAAAAAGCCGCGUCAUCUCGAGGUACGUUAGGUUCUCACAGCUGCCAUUUGUAAACAAUACCUCGCUGACGUGCGAAGCAGACUUCUCGGCUUUAACGGUGGCUUCAACCACGGAAGGAAUAAGGUCCUUGCUGGCGGAACUGGAGAUGCCGUCCAGUCGCGGGCCGUCGGGGACGCUGCCGAGGUCGGAGUCCGAGAUCGUGGUGGACUUCGCUCGCCAGCAGAGUUCGGAGGAUGACAUGAGUCACGACUCGCUCAACGAGGGCGACUGUCAGAGUCAGAGUGAGCGCCGUGACUCAAAGCACAUCUCUCGCGACUCCCUCUACAUGGACGAGUCCGACGGCGACGGCGGCUGGUCCCGAAGGGCGUCGCAGGGCGAGAAGAGUUUCCAGGACGACCUCGAGUCGGACAACUGGCACCGCGAGAAGGCCGAGGGCAACGCCUCCCGCGGCUCUGUCAAGGUGGUCGACAGCAACAUGAAGCGACGCAUCACGGACGAGAUCUACGGCAAGCAGCCCUCGCCCAUUAGCUCGCCCACCUACUCCUUCAGGAGCACCAUCGACCUCCUGCCCUCCUCCAGGAAGCGCCGCGGACUCCGCCAACAGGUGGUAGUGACAUUUGCCUGUUGUCUGGGCCCCCUCGCCUGUGGUUUCGCCCUCGCCUACAACAUGACGAAGAACCCGGCAGAGCUGAUGAGACCUUCCCUAGGGGCGUGGAAGACCUACGUGUACCUGCUGGGAUGUCUCGCAGGAGGCUUCUUCUCCGGGUGUCUGGCCAACUACGGCAGGAAGGUCGUGUUGCUCCUGACGAUGGUUCCCUUGGCACUGAGUUGGCUCUUCGUUAUCUUCGCCUUGCAGGUGUGGAUGGUGUUCUUGUUCCACGCAACGUCGGGCGUGUGUACUGGCAUCAUCAUGGUCAUCGCGCAGGUGUAUGUGGCUGAGGUAUCGGUACCAAGGAUCAGGGGUGCCAUCUCCUCGGCUCCGCUUCUCGCCUUCCAGGUUGGUAGUCUUCUGUGCUUCUUGCUGGGCGAGAUCCUGGUGUGGAAGAACCUGGCGAUUGUUGGGAUUUGCACGACGAUGCCCUUCUUCGUGUCGGUUGUGCUGUGCUUGCCGGAGUCGCCAAGGUUCCUCAUUCACGUUCGCCCCAACGACGCGCUCUCGACACUCCAGUGGCUGCGGGGCGUCGACAACGACGUCAUGGAGGAAUAUCACGAGAUCACCAACAGCUGCGAAAUCGACCGGUGGAGAAUCGCCUGCGAGGACCUCAUCCGACCCACGUUCUGGCGCCCGCUGCUUAUCUCCUGCGGCCUCAUGUUCCUUUACAACAUGACCGGUGUGGCGAGCUUUACGCUCUACGGAAUGGAACUCUUCUCCAAGAUCUCGAGCUCGUACAACAACGCGGCCUACUUCAUCGUGACGGUCGUGCUUAUCGUCGCCAUCACCCUCUCGGCUCUGCUCGUCGACCACAUUGGCAGGAAGCUCCUCCUGCUUCUCUCCCUCACCAUCAUGGCGGCCUCGGCCUUCGUGCUCGGCCUCUUCCUCUUCCUCAAGGACCUGCACAAAGUAGAGAACUACUUCACGUACCAGUGGAUCGCCGAGGUAUUCUGCGUGGUCCUGUUCACGUUCGCCCACGGGACGGGCGUGGGGCCCAUCGCCUGGGUCACCCUCGGGGAGAUCUUCGGCUCCCGCCAGAAGUGGAUCGGCGUGUCCGCGGCGUCCAUGGUCAUGUGGUCGUCCAUGCUCGCCGUCGACGUGGUAUUCCACAAGAUCCGCAUUGCCGUAGCGACCGGGGGCAUCUUCUGGUUCCACUGCGUCGUCUGCGUCGCCGGCUACAUAUUCGUCCUUGUGUGCUUCCGAGAACUGAAGGAGCAGCGGAUCGAUGACAUUACCAAGUCCUUUACGAGGAAACACGAUAAUUUGAUUGAAACUUUCAUUGCUAGACUGUAAGGGGCAUUUUCUUCUCCCGAAGAAACGGAAGGGGUGGCAGGAAGAGAAGGCAUGGAAAGAAAGGGUAAAAUAGAUAGAAAUGAUGAUAGAGAGAUUGAGGGGAAAAAGUGAGACAGACAUACAGACAGACAGGCAGACACAUGACGAGACGGAUCCAGACACAGUGACAAAGAGAUAGACUGAGGAAAUAACAGCUGAAUAGAGAGAGAGAGAGAGAGAGAGAGAGAGAGAGAGAGAGAGAGAGAGAGCGAGACAGAGAGAGAUGCCAUGACAAUAAAUCUUUCCUCUUUAUACUUGGAAUAUUACAUACUGAUUUAUACCAUAUGUACCGGAAAGAUUUACGUGUAAAUAUGUACAUACAUUAAACAGGUUUGAAAAUCAAGAAUAAAUCAAACCUGUUUUCAGUCUAGUUUCCUUCUUGGCAAAAUAUUUUCUACAAUAUGUUAUUUCUGUUGUGAGUUUUUUUCUUUUUCUCUAGAAUUAUUUUUACAUCCUCUUAUCUCUAUUUAUUUUGUAUAUUUUGUAGACGUAGAACGUUUAUGUUAGAUGAGAGCUAGUGAACUUUUUAUUAUCAUUAAAACUUGUGCUUAAUUAUCAUAAUAACCAAAAGAAGCGUCAUCAACAUACA